ACCCGAAAAAUCGGUAUCCGAUCCGAACCGAACCAAUAAAUGCGUUCAAUUCCAACCAAGGUCAACUAGAUUGGAGGAAGAGAAGAAGAAAAAAUGUUGGGAAGCAUAAGCCUCAUCUCCUGCAACUUCUCUCGCCUUCCACGUCUUCUUAAACCCUCCACUCGACCUCAAACCCUAACACAAUCCUCAAGCCUCCUUCUUCUUCUUCAAUCACGAGCUUCUUCUUCACCACAUAGAAUUGCCCUUUUCCCGAAAUACGAGAAGAAAGUCACAUUCUUCCAUAUCUGCAAAAGCUCUUCAAACAACCCAGAAGAACCAGAGAAGACUCAAAUUCAAGAUGAAGGAAGAGACUGGUCUAGCUCAAUUUUGCUUUUUGCGCUUUGGGGUGCGCUCUUGUACUAUUGCUUCAAUCUCGCUCCUGAUCAAACACCCACACAAGACUUGUACUUUUUGAAAAAGCUUUUGAAUUUGAAAGGUGAUGAUGGUUUUAGAAUGAAUCAGAUCCUUGUUGGGUUAUGGUACAUCAUGGGUUUGUGGCCUUUGGUUUAUGCCAUGCUCUUGCUUCCCACUGGUACAAGUAAAACACCGGCUUGGCCUUUCGUUGUGCUUUCCUUUUUCGGUGGUGUUUAUGCUUUGUUACCUUAUUUUGCACUGUGGAAUCCUCCUUCUCCUCCUGUUUCAGAGACUGAGCUGAGACAAUGGCCUUUGAAUGUUCUGGAAUCAAAAGUAACUGCUGGGGUAAGAGAUUAUCUCUCUCACUCUCACUCUUUUGAAAUCUUGAUUUGUUAUCACUGGACUUACAAGUUAAAGAAAAUUGUCUCUUGCCUUUUGGUCUUUGGUUGUUGUUGGAUUAUGAAUCAGGUCACUCUAGUUGCAGGACUGGGUAUAAUUCUUUAUUCAGUUGUCGGUAAUGCCGGUGAUUGGACGGAGUUUUAUCAGUACUUUCGAGAGAGCAAAUUUAUUCAUGUUACAAGUCUUGAUUUCUGUUUACUCUCUGCAUUUGCUCCGUUUUGGGUUUACAACGACAUGACCACCCGAAAAUGGUUUGAUAAAGGCAGUUGGCUGUUACCGGUAUCGGUGAUUCCAUUCUUGGGACCUUCUUUGUAUCUACUCCUACGACCAGCAGUGUCAGAGACGAUAGCUCCCAAAGAUACUGCAUCAUCUGACCCAAAUCAAUAGCAACAUCAACUUUCUCUUUUGCUCGAUGACAAGACUAUUGUCCAGAAGCCCCAGGAAGAUUUCACAGGACCGACCAUCAUAUUUCUGAUGCAUGAAUGCUGAUGAUAACAUUAUGAACAUGAUAAACCACCAACGUCACAAACGUAUUCUAGAAUACAAAACCUAAUUCCGGAUCAUAAGGAGGAUUUCAUUUGUACCUUUUGUUUUCAGAGGAUUUCAUAUGGUUAAUAAAGCAGAGAAGUUUUACCUAAAGGAGUUUUUCGAUCCGCGUCUACUUUUCGAAUACUUCAGCUCCUUGUAUACCAC